AUGACAGUGCUGGAGAUCCUGGUGCAUGUGAAGAACACUCUCUUGCCACUGUGGCUGGAAUUAACCCUGUUAAUGUCUAUGGGGCCACAGACAGGUUUAUCCCAAUAUCCCAGCCCCCCUGAAGUAGUGAUACCUUUGAGAGUCACUGGCACAUACAGAGGUAUGGAAGCUCCAGGCUGGAUAUCCUAUAGCCUGCACUUUGGGGGCCAGAGACACAUUGUCCACAUGAAGGCCAAGAAGCGUUUGGUGUCCAGAGCUCUCACUGUGUUCACUUACAAUGACCAGGGUGCUCUUCUUGAGGAUCAGCCCUUUGUUCAAAAUGAUUGCUACUACAAUGGUUAUGUGGAAGGAGACACUAAAUCCAUGGUUACUCUUAGUACUUGUCUAGGAAGCUUUCAGGGAAUGCUGCAGACAAAUGGAACCACCUAUGAAAUCAAGCCCAAAGGGUUUUCUGCCACCUUUGAACAUCUGGUGUAUAAGAUGGAGAACACCCAGCAUACACCCGUAAGUUGUGGACUAACUAAGGACGAAAUAGCAGAGCAACUGAAGUUUCAAGAGAAUGCUGAUUCUACUCUGAUGCGAAGUUCUUAUACAGGAUGGUGGCUCCACCAAUGGUUUCUUGAACUAGCAAUUGUGGUAGAUCACGGAAGAUUCAUUUUUAGGAAUAGUAAUGCAUCAAUUGUGGAGAUGGAUGUAUUCAUGGGUGUCAAUUUAGUAGAUGAUAUUUAUAACUCAAUUAAUCUUGAUGUGGUUCUAAUUGCAAUUGAAAUUUGGAGUACAGGAAAUCCAUAUACAGUGACUACCACAGGUCAUAUGAUGGAACAGUUUUGUAAAUGGAAGAAAUUCAGCUUCAAUAAACGUGUGGCUCACGAUUCUGCACAUAUUAUUGUGAAACAGGAUUUUUGUAUCAAUGACCUUACUACAUCAUAUUUUUCAAAAGUAUGUAAUAUUAAUUUGAAUUGUGGUUUAGAGUGCAUUAUGGAUGAUGGAUUGGCUUCGUUUAGGACAUAUGUGACACAUGAAAUUGGUCACAUAUUGGGGAUGAUGAAUGAUGAAGGUAACUAUUGUUCAUGUGGGAGAAACAUAUGUGUAAUGAACAAAAAGCUACUACCCUCAGAUACAUUCAGCAACUGUAGUUAUGAACAAUUUUUACAGACUAUUUCUAGAAAGAAUUGUUUGCGCAAUCUCCCAAAUCUAAAGGAUAUUACUACAAAGAAACGCUGUGGGAAUGGUAUUACUGAAGAUGAAGAGGAAUGUGACUGUGGUUCCUUAAAACAGUGUGCCAAAGAUACAUGUUGUUCAGAAAACUGCACUCUGGUAUCAGGGGCAGCAUGUGCUUCUGGGCUGUGUUGCCAAAAUUGCCAGUUCAUGCCAUCAGGCACAGUGUGUAGGGAACAGGACAAUCUAUGUGAUUUGCCAGAGUGGUGCAAUGGAACCUCUGGAGCAUGCCCAGAAGAUGUGUAUGUGGAGGAGGGGAUCCAGUGUCUGGGCAGGAAUAUCUGUUUUCAAAAGAAAUGUAAUGACCGUGAUGAGCAAUGCAGAAAACUUUUUGGUGAAGAAGCCAAGAAUGCAAAUAAGAAAUGUUACAUAGCAAUGAACACCAAAGGUGAUCGCUUUGGACAUUGUGGUAUGAAAGAUACUAAGUAUGUAAGAUGUCAUCAUAAAGAUGCUCUGUGUGGGAGAGUCCAAUGUGAGAAUGUGACAGUAGUUCCCCAUCUGCACAAUCAUUCUACUGUGCAUUCAACUCAUUUUGAUGGUUAUAACUGCUGGAGUACUGAUUACCAUUUUGGGAUGAAUGUGCCUGAUAUCGGUGAAGUGAAGGAUGGUACAGAAUGUGGCCCAGGCCUUUUGUGCUUAGAAAGGAAGUGUGUCUUUAUGCCAGCAUGGGAAGAAUCUUGUAUGCCUAUGUUCUGCAAUAAGAGAGGGAUCUGUAACAAUAAACAUCACUGCCACUGCAAUGAAUAUUGGGCCCCACCCAACUGCCUAAAAAUGGGUUAUGGAGGUAGUAUUGACAGUGGCCCACCUCCCCAGAGAAGAUCACAAAAUGUGUUUUACAUCGCAUUUCUUGUUUGGAUUUUGGUUUUUAUUUUAAGUACCAUCUUGUUACUUUGUCUUUUGUGUUUAGAGAAUAAAAGAUAUGAGGAAAGAAGGAGAUACAUUGCAGCAUUACCUAGGGGAAAAAAACAUAGAGUUAAGAAGUCACACAAGAAGAAAGAGAAAAUUAUUGAAACAGAACUUAAGGGACAACAGCAAAAUGUUGAGAUUUUACCCGAGAAAGAAGAGGAAAAGAAAGACACUGAAAUUCUAGAAAGAGCAGGAAGUUUAAAUGUACUACAACAGAGUUGA